AUGCCUCGUCGAUUUCACAAAAAGUCUAGGAAUGGGUGCAAUCAAUGCAAGGAGCGGCGUGUCAAGUGUGACGAGACACGGCCCCUAUGUAGUGUAUGUACUACUCGGGAACUGCCCUGCAUCUAUAGUACACCAUAUCCUCAAAGAAAUUCCACAGCUGAGGCCUCUCCGAACCCAGAGCCCAAACCAUCUGCCAAACCAGACUCGGGAUCAUCGAAAUAUGAUGCCCGACAUCUGCUGCUAAUGCACAAAUUCUCAACCGAAACUUACAAAAGCAUAUGUGGUGACCAAUCUGAUAUGGAGGACUGGCAGGUCCUCAUUCCCAAGCUUGCUUUCGAGCAUGAAUUUCUGUUGCAUGGCAUCUUUUCCCUCGCCGCGCUUCACAUGGCAGCCACCACCGCAGACUCAGAACAGGUUCUAUCGUAUCUAGACACUGCAAUGGAGUGCAAUGAACUCGCAUUUGCCCCCUUCAGGGAAGCCUUGGCCCGUUUAACCCCCCUCAACUGCGAUGCUGUCUUUGCCCAAUCCGCGGUCGUUACGAUCAUUGGCAUAGCACUCCCCCGGCUGAACGCUCAGCAUCGCGGGGAAUCCUUUAGCAUGAUCGAAACUAUGAUGACGGUUUUUGAACUGCUGCAAGGGGCUAGUAAAAUCUCGCAAAUUAGCAAACCAUGGCGACAGGCAAGCAUCUUCUUCAAGUACGAGUGGAGAGAUAACACCGCGCUGGAUCCCGAUAUGGCCAAUGCCAUCGCACAACUGCGAAUGCUCAAUAGCACAAUGGAGAACACGGACUCGGCACAACAUGUCAUGAACCAGGAAGCUAUCGACUCUCUACAAGACUCAUUUGCCAAAUUCACUUAUGCGCCGCAUCCUGCACCUAUCUUGGCUUGGAUCGCCUAUGUCAAGAGGGAAUUCGUGGACGGGCUGCGCGCACGUCAGCCACUCCAGUUGUUGAUCCUUAUGAAUUGGGCAGUUCUAUUAAAUGAAUUAGGGGCCCAUUUCUGGUGGGCCAAGGGCUGUGGGGAGGAGUUAGUCGCUGAGUUAUUGAGUGAGCUGAAGGACCAGAAUGAGAAGUGGAAAUCGGCAUUGCAGUGGCCGCAGGAAAAGGUCGGAAUAUGA